AUGCUCGAUUCCACAGUACUCGAUGGUAUUGGCUGGAAAGUUAGAGGUGAUUUUAUUGCGCCCGAAUCGCACAAGCGGGGGCCAUUUUUUCCUCGAUUCACACUAUUUAUAUCGAUGCUUCCUUUGCUAAUUAGGUACUGUUUCUUCUCACUCAAGCAAUGGCUUAGCGGAAAAUGGUUGUUCAUCAAUCCUUUUAAACAAAUGAAGCAUAAUAAGUAUACGGGCGUUCCAGUCGGAGGUAUUGGCUGUGGAUCAAUAGGUACAGAUUUUCGUGGUGCUUUCAACAAAUUCUCACUUAUACCGGGUGUAAAAGAGCAGUCAACAGAAAAUAUCAAAGCUAAUCAGUUUAUUCUCACAGUACACUCACCAGAUAGAACGGAGUGUAUUUAUCAGUCACUUCUUUCUACGGCCGACUUCUGUGAUUCCUCAUUAUCUGAGUGGCAUUCGCAAAUACGCGGUGAAGAUGUUAGAUACCGAGGUCUUUUCCCUCGCGCAUGGCGUGAAUUUCGGAUACCUGACCUUAACUUGACACUUAUUUGCGAGCAGAUCUCACCAGUUAUACCUCAUAAUUACGAAGUGAGUAUUUCAAUGAAAUUCUCUUCACGUAUCCAGUUGCUUGAAAUUAGCAGCUGGAAUUUUUUUGUGUUUUUCGACAUUUCUCAUUUGGCGCAAUCGUUUUCUGGGAUGUGCGACGACUUGGGGGAUCCACGAAUUGGGAGAAACUGCGACAAAGGAUCAGAUGGGAAAUAUUGA